GAAUUAGCACAACUCAUUCGAUUUGACGCCGACCUACUAGACUUAGUUCGUCAUUUGGAUGUACACCCUACCAAUGUCAUGGAAAUCAUUAACACAUCUACAACCCUUACGUCAAAUAUGGUUGUUCAUGUUGCCCUAAAAAUGCUGAUGGAUUGGUCCAACAAAGGUGGAACCAGGGAGAGGCUUCUGGCAAUUGCUCAGGCUUUUCACUUCUGUCUCGCUGACAUAGCAAAAGGCCUAGCAUGUCAGUCAACCUAUCCGUUUGUCAUCUCACACGGCACUAUUGAUCGUAGGGGAGGGAAGCUAACCCUCGAUAAACUUGGAAUUAGGCCUACUGUAUCUAUUCCUGAAGGAACUAUUCCCAAGGGAAUGGGAUCAACUGUCACCCUUCGCGUAUCAAUCCGCAAUACUCCAAGACUUCCCCUACGCGACGACGAAGUUCUUGUUACUCCCGUGAUAGAGACUUCUUUCACACAAGAACUCGUCAAGCCUGCAACGGUAGUACUACCACACUGUAUGGGUUUCAACAACGACGAUUCUACCAUUAUAAUGUACACCAAGACCGGACCAGAUGAACCUGAUUUCACUACCAACCAUAUGGAUUCGGAAGGACAAUUGAGCUUUUUAUCUGACAAUGUCAUCGAGAUGCUGGCUGAUGUAAUUGUCGAACCAAGGGAUGCAUAUUCAUUUGGCCGUCAUAUUGGUUUCUCAGACUCAGCUGUAGAGCAAUACCUUAAUCAACCAGAUUCAUUAUCUAAGACAGUCUCAAGAUCGGGCUUCGUUGACAUGCUAAGCGAUUGGAGACGGAGAGUCCGACCGAGUGAGCAGAUAGGGGAAAUUCAUCAUUCACUGAAUGGCGCCGGUCUUAGCUAUGUAACAGACACCAUCCUUCACGGAGGCAAGUACUGCUAG